AUGAAAGGUGUCCAGCUCUUCCAUGAGAUCACGAAAUUCAUUUCCCUCUGGUCGACGUUCCUGUACUGCCAUAUGCCUAUCGUGCCCUCAACCAGGCGGGAUGAUGUCGAACAACCGAAUAAAAGGAAAGGCAAAGAGGCGUGGGAACGAAGUCGAGCCUUGCUUACUACCGAGAUAGCUUCUGUCGUUUCCCAGCUGGCGGGACGACACCUAGAAUGUCAAGAUAACGAGCUAAUAGAAGCUAAAGAUGGCGACGAUAACCAGGCGAGCAUUGGUCUCGCGCCAGAUAUGGAGCCCGUAGCGCCUGAGGAAGACCUGGAAGCGCGUAGCCAUCAGCCAGACGUCCGCCUCGAGGAGAACCGGUCGCAGUCAGAAACACAUGUUGGCCUAGAAGCUGAUCACCCCAGUUUUGUACCCCACAUCGAAUUAUCGGCAUGCACCUCUGCCUCGCGUUCGGAACUUCAAGUUAAAGUGGUCGAACCUGACCAUGAUUCCUGCCAGCUUCAACAUUCUCACUUGCACUCUUUCCCAUGCACCUCCUCAGCCACCGAGCAGCUCUCUCAAAUUGACCCAAAUGAUAUGAUUUCCACUCAGACAGCUUCUCAUUUGAUACUCCCUUCUGUUGCCGGUGAUUUGCCGUAUGCCUGUUGUACUGGCCUAGUGUGCGACUAUGACAAAGAAAACGAAACCCUUCUUACCUUGCGACGAGAACGGCGAAAUAUCGUGUUGGAUGCUUCUUGCCCUCACUCUGCACCGCAUAUAGUCAUAAGCCCACCAGAACUUUCAUGGGAUGAUUACUUUAUCCCUCUUCAGAAUAGGCUUGAGCCUCAGUGGCCUGAUUACUUGGCUGUCCCGCCUAUCCUAUAUGGCUUAUCCACCCCUUCGCCACCUCCAAGUGGUGAUUGUCCCGACAAUCUGACGCCAUUCAUAGGCAUCAUUACAGAGCUCUAUAACGACCUACUACAGGCUUAUGUGGCAAGUCAGAAGGCGCCCGCGUUUAGAGCGCGGUACGAUACCCCUUUUUUUGUGCAAAGCCUCGAAAAGCCUUUCGAAUGGUCUGAUCCUGCUCAGCCCCUCAUUUCGUCAUGUAGACAUUUUCUAGGUGUAACCCUCCUAGAAUCAGACCGCCCCUGCACUGUGCCUCACAUCAUGAUCUCCGAGCCUGCACCCCAGAACCCAUGGGUCGCCUGGCAAAAUGCCAUCAAUCCUCAAGACGACACCUACCUUUCUAUCUUCCCUCGAUGCAUCACCUUCGUGGGUACUGACGAACUACCUAUUCACGACAAUGACGGAGAAGCACGCGCGGCAGAAUUAGCCAUCGAUGAGAUGGAUCAACUUGAAAGCGACAUUCCCUCGCGGCCGGAUAGUCCUGUGCCUGAAAGCCCGCCAGACGACGACGAAGUAGGAUAUUUUCAUGUGGCUGCGGAUGCGGAUACCUGCGAAAUGGACCCGGCGAGAUGUUACAUUGAUCCAUUUUCUCAGUGGAACCAGAAACCUACAUGCUACGAUCACUCAAACUCCGCACCGUAUUCACAGCCCUCUUGUGAUAUCCGUAUUACAGAAUUUGAUGAAGACGAAGACGACAGUCUGCCGCCAUUUGACGACUGGUACACAUCCGUGCUGGAGCGAGCAAAGGGUACUGCUAUGUGUUGA